AUAAUUCAUUGCCACUGGUCUGUAUGUAUAUGACACACUAGAGGCUGUUGUGAAUGUGUGAAAUGCUGAAAUGGGCAAAAAGUAGACAACUUGUAAUAUCAUAACAUUUUCAUUGAAUGGCAACGAAAUCGAAUGUUGUUAUUAUUGAACGAAGGCAAAAGUGAGCACGGGCAUUUGGAGCAGGCGGAACAGAGCGAACGAUAUAUACAUAUAUUGAUUGUGGUGUGCAGUGCAAUUCGGUUUAAUUGGUUUGGUUGGUUCGCGGAACAACAAUAACAACAAAAAACAUCAUCAGCAGCAGAGGCAGCAGUAGCAAGAUAGAAACAAAAACAGCACACAAUGAAAUAAGUACAAUUCGAAUGCAAUUUUACAAGAAAAAUUGAUAGCCAAAACAAUUACGGCCAAUGUGAGUGUGUAGUCUUCUUCGGAUGGAACGGUAAGCCAAACGCCAAACACGGUGACACGAAACAAAACAAAACGAAGACGAAGUCAAAACGAUUACAAACAGAAACCAAACAAGAGACGAGAAGAAACCGAGAGACGCAGCACAGCACAGCGACUACGUCAAGUAAAAUAGCAAUAAACAAUUGAGCUCAAUGUGAAACGUUCAAGUGCAAUACACAUAUGGUAGUGGUGUAGCCGAAGAAAGGUAAUUUUAUCACUCGUCUCUCGCUCUUGCUUGCUUGCCUGACACAAAUGUGAAUGUUCUAUAGAUGCUGAUUAGUGAAGCAAACAAGUUAAAUGUUACUUAGGUUGGCCGAGUGUCAAGUACUUCUAAUCGGUGGUUCCAAGUAGUCAGUUUUAUACGAAACGACGAAUAGAGUCCGUAGAUGAGUAGGCAACGAUGCGUCACUCGACGACUUAGCUGAAAUUUUAUUUACAAUUUAUUUUGUUGAACAAAGUGCCAAACAAACGUAAUGUUUUUAAUCUAAUAUCGCUGUCACGAUUCGGAUAAAUUUGGACCAACCCUCUUGAAACCCUUCAUCGAACGAAAGUGUUCUUCUAAACUAUUCAACAAGUAUAAACAAUAUGGUACGACUGUCAAAUCGCAAAUAAGUGCAAUAGUCGAAAAGUUCUGACUCGAAAUAAGAAGCAACAGUGAACAGCCCAUGCGCCCACAAUAGCCAACAACUGCCACUGGAUGGUUGUCAUUAGAGGAUAGAACAACAGUCAGAGAAAAACACACACACACACACACACACAUACCGUGCAAAUAGUUUAAUGGAAAUCAUUUGAUCGGAACACAUCACAUAAUUCCUGAACAGAAAAAUAAUCAACCGCGAUGGGGAACUGGUUUUCAUGUUUUCAUUCCAAGAAGCCGAAACACUUCAACAAUAGCCGAAAUGCGGACAGUUUCGAUGCGGGCGUUGAAUCACGCUCACCCAUCGACACCGCUCACCAUAUUGAACGGCAAAAAGCUGACGAAAUACUAGCGGAUAGUUCAAUACCCGGUACGGAAGUACGAAAUCACGAAGUGCACAUUGGAAGUAGCGGAGCGAUGGCCACCAGUUCGAUGAGGAAAUCCACAAUUCUAUCGAAUGGUGCCAGCAACGCGACGCAUGAAGUGAACUCUGCUACAGCCAAGGACCACAAUUAUCAGGUAUCAGACAACACCGUGAAUGCUCUAUUCGAAAAAUACAAAGACGAGCAUGAGGAUGCUAUUCUAAUGGAGGGAAUUGAACGGCUGUGCGAAGAUCUAAACUAUAAACCGGAUGAUUUUGCAAUAUUGGUUUUGGCGUGGCGAUUGGAUGCAUCGCAAAUGUGUCGUUUCACAAAGAGUGAGUUUAUUCAGGGAUUACAUGCACUGAAUGCCGAUACCGUUGACGGUAUUCGACUCCGGCUGGAGCAAACGAUCGAAAAGCUUAAAGUCAAUUCGGACAUGUUUAAGCAACUGUAUCGAUUUACAUUUCGUUUUGGUCUCGAGCCCGACAAUCGCAUCGUAUUGUUAGAUAUGGCAAUUAUUUUAUGGCGUCUUGUUUUCACCGUUCACAAACCGGAUAUUUUAGAUAGAUGGCUAGAUUAUUUAGAAAUGCACACAAAUAUACGGGGCAUACCAAAAGAUACAUGGAAUAUGUUUUUAAAUUUUGCCGAAACAUGUGAUAUAACUGCGUACGAUGACACUGAAGCAUGGCCUAGCUUAUUCGAUGAUUUUGUGGAAUAUGAAAAUGAUCGGCUCAAUCAAAAUUUGAUUGCAUCGCCCGACAAUAACACCGACACCGCCAAAAAAGACUCACAAAUCACGGCCGAAACGGUGGCGGUGGUGUCACCACAAAAUUUAUAGUAUUUUAAACGAAUGCAUUCGCAACGGAUCCAUCAUUUGUUGACCAUUUUGCAAGGCAUUUGAAAUGAAAAAGAAAACGGACAAAAUAACGGCGAUAAAUCAAUAAAAAGCGAACAAAAUCCCUGGUGCAGAAAAAAAAAGAGAGAGCAUGCAAGUGAAUAGACACAUUUGCUGAUUCCAAUUCUAUUCGAAGUUCGACUAGAUAGAAUUAAUUAGAUCGAUUUAAAUUUAAUUGAUAGGUUGCAUUGAACCGAUCACCGAAAAAAACAUACACUUAAUUUCCAUGUGUGGGUGUGAUUUAGCCAAUGCAAUUCGCAUUGACACCCAGUUUCCUAUUACCGAUUCUAGAAUAGUUGCGAAUCGUUCGAUUUUUGCACAAGGGACACCAAUUCGCCAAAUGACGUACGCCAACCAAUAUGAACAUAACAAAAUAGAAUCGUUUGCAUUUUAACUUAUAAAAUAGACUAGCUUAGCGAACGUGCAUAUUUAUAAACAUUGUGUUUCAAUACGAAAUUGGUGGCAAUUGACUACUUGCGGUCGUAUUUAAUAAUGACAUUGAACGAUUAGUUUUACUUUGCCCUUUGUUUUAUCAUUAUUAUAUGUUUGUUUUUCUUCAUGUACAUAAUAUAUACAUAUGUAAGAAUAACGCUAGGAAGAUAGUGAGCGAGAGGGAGAGAGAGAGAGAAAAGGUUAGCGAAAUUGCUGUAGACAGAUUUUUUUACAAAUAUUUGGCUUUGGUAGAGCGAGGUUUCGAUUUUUCAAUAAAUGUCAUUUUUGUGUGUUGAAAACAAGAAGAAGAAAACCAAAACAGUCUGCCGAAUGUGGUGUGAAUUCAUGGUCUACAUUCGUAAUAUUGUGCGAAUUAAAGAGAUAAAUUUCUUUAGAAAUAAAAGAAUAGACAGAAAAAAAAUGUGCCACGCUGAACAAUACAAAUCAGUAAAUCAGUUUUGAAGUUUUAAAGGCCAUUCAACUACACAAAGCAAAUGGAUCAUAUCUUUGACUAUUUUUGGUUAUUGUCUUUUUCUUUUCCUUUCCUCAGACAAAUCAUUUUCAUCAAAUUAACACAGUUAAUUUAAACUUGAGUUCAGUAUGGCACAUUUCUUGUAUAGGCCUAUAAUUUUGUAUGCAA